AUGGAGCAAAAAGACACUCCUUUCCCCAUCGCUCCCUCGCAGCUGCAAAACCACUUUCUUUGGACACCAAGAGGCAAGAGGAACCCUGUGAGCCUCCACCCUCUCCCCCUCGUGCUUUCUCCACUACCCCACCAUCUCCCCCUCUCCCCCUCGUGCUUUCUCCACUACCCUACCAUCUCCCCCUCUCCCCCUCGUGCUUUCUCCACUACCCCACCAUCUCCCCCUCUCCCCCUCGUGCUUUCUCCACUACCCCACCAUCUCCCCCUCUCCCCCUCGUGCUUUCUCCACUACCCCACCAUCUCCCCCUCUCCCCCUCGUGCUUUCUCCACUACCCCACCAUCUCCCCCUCUCCCCCUCGUGCUUUCUCCACUACCCCACCAUCUCCCCCUCUCCCCCUCGUGCUUGCUCCACUACCCCACCAUCUCCCCCUCUCUCCCUUGUGCUUUCUCCACUACCCCACCAUCUCCCCCUCUCCCCCUAGUGCUUUGUCCACUACCCCACCAUCUCCCCCUCUCCCCCUCGUGCUUUCUCCACUACCUCACCAUCUCCCCCUCUCCCCCUCGUGCUUUCUCCACUACCCCACCAUCUCCCCCUCUCCACCUCGUGCUUGCUCCACUACCCCAUCUCUCCCUCUCGUGCUCACGGCACCCCCCCACCAUCUCCUCCUCACCAUGA